UUUAACAGAGACAAGAGAUGCCUUCCAGGGACUCGUCGGACAAUUCUUCAGAUUAUAGCCGACUGGAUCAACGAUCCGCUUGACGCUCGUCGCGUGUUUCUGCUCUAUGGGCCGGCGGGGUCGGGUAAGUCGGCGAUCGCUCAUACCAUAGCAGCCAUGUUCUACGAUAUGCUUCGCUUGGGAUCCUCGUAUUGCUUUGACAGGUCCAACAGCGAGCUUACUCGCGCUAUCCCCGUUUUCGCCACCAUCGCCCGCGACCUAUCCGAGCGUGAGCCUCAGAUUCGAAUUCAACUUUCGCGGGUCAUCGCCCGGGACUCCGCCCUUGCCACAUCGAACGAUCUUCGCGAGCAGUUUCGGCGCUUCAUCGUAGAGCCUGCGUCACAGCUCGCGAUCUCUGGGCCGAUUGUCAUCGUCAUCGACGCCUUGGACGAAUGUGACUCGUAUGCACGCAGCGGUCUCUUAUCAAUUUUGCAGAGUCAGGAAGCAGAGGAUGCCCUCCCGCGCAACUUUCGCAUCCUCGUCACCUGUAGGCCAGAGCCCGACAUCAUGGACGUGAUUCGGGACGCGCCUCUUGUUCAUGCUCGAUCAAUGAAUGACGUGCUGGGGACGACCGCCAACGAGGACGACAUACAGCUGUAUGUCCGUGGACAAUUGUCAUCCCUCUCAAAAGUGCGUGAUGUCGAUACCAUAUGCGCCGAUCUCGUCCGCGCCGCCGAGGGACUCUUUCAGUGGGCUGCGACAGCAUGUCGCUUCCUGACCGCAAAAACUCCCCCGUUGACCAUCAAACAACGGAUGACACUUGUUGUACCAUCCGAUGGCAAACGCACCGCUAAUAGCCAACUUGAUACGCUGUACUUGGAAGUCCUUCGAACCACCUUCUCUUCCACUCACUCCGAGGUCAUGGAGAAUUUCCAUCGUGUGAUGAGUCUCCUCAUGACGGCGAUAGAACCGCUGUCCAUCUCGGCCUUGCAGGAUAUUGUGAGUGGACAGGCAGACCUGGAUCCUGAUAUGCUGGAAGGGGUACUUUCGGGCAUGGGAUCGCUCCUGUCUGGUACCGAUGGCUCGGACGUCGUCGUGCGCCCUCUGCAUACGUCGUUUCGAGACUUCAUUCUAGAUCCCAAACGCAGCCAUGAAUUCGUCGUCAAGCCAGGGAAGGAGGAGCAUCUACAAUUCGCGCGUGGGACCCUACGUCUUCUGUUGAGCGAGCAGUUGCACAUCAACAUGUGCGGACUCGAGACAUCCUAUCGUCUCAACAUGGACUAUCUUGAUUUACACGAUCGUCUACGCAAAAUGAUCACGUCGAGUUUGGUUUAUUCCACUCACUACUGGGCUGAUCAUCUUAAGAAGACUCCAUACGGCUCUGGCCUGAUGCAGUUGGCAGAGCACCUGCUGAAAGACAAGUUCCUGUUCCGGCUCGAGCUCCUCAGUCUUCUUGGAUCUGUUCCUACCUGCGCAUCGGCGCUCCUGAAGCUCAAACAGUGGACUCCUCAGGCAGGACUGGAAACGGUCUCAAUCAUUGAGGACUUCCUGAAAUUCCUCCGAGCUUUUGGGGUGAUGAUCGGAUCUUCUGCUCCCCACAUUUAUCUCUCAGCCAUACCUUUUGCACCGAUGAGGUCACAAGUGCACCAGCUGUACGAAUCAAAGCUUCCCAGAAGAGCUGCGGUGGUGUGCGGUGGAUCAUCGAAAUGGCCCGCCUUAGAAUGUACCAUGGACGGCAAUGACAACGGACAUACAAACCGGGUCCGUUCCGUGGCUUUCUUGCCUGACUCCAACUGGGUGGUCUCACGUUCAACAGACGGAAUGAUUUGCUUAUGGGAUACCACCACAGGAACACUCGUGCACGAGCCAUUGCACGGCCAUCCAUCCUUAGUAUCCUCUGUCACAUUCUCACAGGAUGGAAAAUGGAUUGCUUCGGGUGAUGAGAGCUCCGUGCAGCUGUGGGAUGCCGAGUCUGGCCAGCCUAUCGGGUCCCCUCUUUGGGGCCACAAUAGCGAUGUCACAGCAUUGGCGAUCUCCCCGGACAGCAAGUUCGUUGUAUACGGUUCUGGAGACGGUGUCAUUCAUCUCUGGGACACGAUAGAACAGGCCCUCUGCACGACUUUCCAUGGUCACCUCAACGUGGUGAAUUCUGUGACAUUCUCGGGAGACGGCCAGUACAUCGUCUCCGGAUCAAACGACAGGACUGUGCGCGUGUGGAAUGCUUCAACCCGACGCACUGAGAAGGACAUUGAACCUCUCGAUCACACUUCUUACGUUGCAUCCCUUGCAUUCUCACCAGAUGGGAAGCGCAUCGCAUCGGGCGCAUGGGACAAGAGAAUACGUCUAUGGGACAUCGAGACAGGUCAGACUGUAUGCGCGCCAUUGGAGGGGCACACCGAUUCGGUAUACUGCGUUGCCUUUUCGCCCGAUGGCGCUUCUCUCACGAUCUGCGGUCCUUGGCGUGGCGAUGACAAGUCGGUUUACUCCGUCGCUUUCUCGCCAAACGGACGCUGCGUGGCCUCGGGCGGAGAUGAUGGUACAGUUCGCGUUUGGGACGCAGUCACUGGGAAGCCGAUUCGCGAGCCAUUCCGGGGUCACACAAGUGCGGUCGAGACAGUGGCAUUUUCACCGGAUGGCAAAUGUAUCGUAUCUUGCAGUCGAGACAGCACUAUACGGUUCUGGGAUGCCUCGCCAGGGCAGGCUGACGAUGUCGAGGGACUACGGGGUGCGUCACUUCAACGUUUCACUUGA